AUGACAUUUCUGUGCAUAUGUGACAUUAUUUACAAGAAGCAAGGAAUGAAGGCAUAUGAAUUUGAUCACAACCACUUGGAAGAAAACGAGAAGCUGUCGUUGUUGGUGCACUUUGGUCUAGCGGCUAAGGAGUUCGGCUCAUGUGCAAAUGCACUGGAGUUCGUUCCCGAUCGAAUGCCAGUAUUCGAGCCGCACAUGUUAUUACAGGUGAGGUGUCAGACUAGGCAAAUAAAGUUGAGUGUCCGGCAGAGCGUUGCAAUGAAUCUCUUUGUAGCGUCUUUAUUAGGUCACAACAUUUAAAA